ACUGCCGCCCACACCGGUUUAUUGAAGGUACCUCGGUACGUAGGUAGCCAAGGUAAGUAAGUAGCAGGUAGAGCUGGCCAACCCCGGACGGGUUUGUGUUGCGCCGCCGCGUUGCGUGAGAUGACAAUUCCCGUCCCUCCUCUCGCAUCUGUUUUUAUUUGUUUCCCUCCCCUCUUUCUCUGCCCAGAAUCGCAUUUGACGCGCCGCGCCGUUGCAGAUAUAGCCCCAGGAUUUCCUGCUAAUGGCGUUCCCCCCCAACGCCAAAGCUUGGCCCAAGCAAAAUAAGACGCCACCACGGCAACGCACAGAAAACGCGCGCCUUUGCAAAACGCCGGGUUUUCCAUGAGCCCUGUGCGCGCACCAAGGAAAGAUUGGGAUUAGGCGGUGGUUAAAAAAGAUGGGACAUCGGCUAUACAAGGCAUUCAAGAAGAACCCCGAAUAGACAAGCACAACGCAUCAUGGGGCGUGGCCGAUGUAGUUCUAACCUGGUGACAGGUGGCAGUGAGCCCUCUGCGUCUCGUCAAAAUUCGAAAAAAGGGCUGGCCGGCUCUGGUUGGUUCGUCAACUGGCCGCUCGGCCUGCAUCUUUCCCGGCCGUGUCCCCCCUCAUGGCGGGACUGGGUGGCGUCGUGCCGGGCCGGGAGAGAAUAGGCACGCUAUAGGAUGGGGUUGGUUGACAGAGGCCUGUGGACUCCCAUCUCCAACCACUUGUUGAAGAGGAAGAAACAGGGAAGCGAAUGGGAUGGAUGGCACUCUCCCGCUCACUCUCUCGCCACACCCCACCGUGGCACCGACAAGGCCCGUCUGAUCGGGGAAUUUAAUGGCCACGUGCAGGACGCCAAAUGCAAGAGCCGCAGCGGAUCCUCGGAGUUUAUUGUCGCCUUGUUUGUAUGCGUGGGUACGAGUGUGGGUGGGCCUUGGCUUUGUUUACGGAAAAUAAAAUGAAAAACAAGGAGACUGACUUGUUGAUUCGGCUAUCCUGGCGGUUCUGCAUCGCAUGCUACCCCAAUAUUCUCCGACAGGCUUUUUUCUCUCUUUCAUUCUCUACGCUGCCUACCUAGCGCCCGGGUACCCGGCUUGAUCCGACCUGUCACCUGCGGCUCUCCCUUAGUGUUUGGCGGGAAGAUGCGGGAGCGGUGCAGCACACAACGGGUGUAUUGUGGCUGGUUAGCCCUGCGUGUUACCACCAAAAGAACAAAGGCCGCACAGCCUGCGUGAGGAAGCCAACAAUGAUUGCGGCUUUAUAACCCCGAAUACCGGUACAUAAAUUCCGUACUACUCUUCCGAAAAGCCAACGGUAUGUAUCUGUGCAAGAACAAAAGAACAAAAAAAGACAAGAGGCCCGUGCAUGGGACUUGGUUACAAUCCAGGACGUCGGGCCAUUCGUUGGAGACUCCAGCAUAUAUCAGGCAAGUGGCCAUCCAUCCCAAAGGAGAUUGUUGUUGGAGCCAGCUGGUGGUGGUCCCAUCGUCGUCAGUGUCUAGCGGCGCCUCUGUGUCGACCUCCUCACUCCUCUCCUCCUCUUCCUCGUCAUAGAUUUUGCCGUCGCUGUCGUCGUCAACGCCGUCAUCAUCACCGCUUGGCCCUUUUUGCCUUAUUCUGCCCGUCGUCUGAAGGUUCCGAGUCCGGCGCCUCGCGCUUUCUAGACGGACCAGCAGAGUCGGGCUCGGCCUCAAGGUUGGGGUCGGCAUCAUGGUUGUGCUCGGCACCACUGCCAUCGCGUUCCCUCAUAUCUUCUAGCUCUUGAUUAAAGAUGUCGGCGUCCCCGGGGUGCUCGGCGUCAUGAUGCGGCAAGACCUUGUCGGACGAGGAGGAGAAACCCGCGCCCAUGUGCGAGAGGUUGAGCGAGGUGGACGUGCCCGAGCGGGACAGCGACCCGGCGUCGGACGAGGACUGUGACUCGGGCGAUGGGUGCUGCGCCGAGCCGGCCGCGGUCGCCACGGCGGUGUCCCGGGCGCUGGGCGCGGCCGCCCCCGUUGAGAGGAGGGCGGCCUCCGGGGUGGGCUCCCCAGGGGGCGCGGCGGGGGCGGAAGCCGCCGGCGGGCCUGUCCUGCUUGGCGUGCCCGAGUCGACGCGGAUGGACGGGCCUUGGGGGUCGCCCUUGGCGGAGUGGGCCGCAGAAGAUUCCGUCAUCGGCUGCGAUGGGCGAGCUGGCUGCGGGGGCGAAGAGUGGUGGUGGGCUUAUGCUUGCGGGUGGCGGGUGGCGGGAGUGACAGGCUAGUUGGGCGGGCGGGAAGGCUCUGUGUGAUAUGAUGAGAUGUGUAGUUAUGGACUUGGGGGUGCGGGCUUGGGCGGGACUGGACCGAGCCGCCAUGCAUCAGGGGCGAGGGGAGGAGAUAAGAGGAUAUAUAGCUGCGCAUGACGGCUGCCAGUCUACUGCUAGUCUACACUCGCAGCCAGCAUCGAGCCAAGAGGGGGCCCGGAUUUCCGACGUACGAAGAGGAAAAAAGGACGGCGAACCGGGUGGAAACUGUGAUGAGAGGGCAUGGCAUGCAGCAGCAGAUCUGGUCACACACCGCACCACACAGUUCUCGAGGACGCCCUCGGGUCUGCCUCGAGGCUUGAUGGCCAGGCUGGGGUGGGGACUAGCCGGAAAGAUGGCCGGAAAGCUGGCCAACAUUGCGGCAGACGCCCCGGCUGCUGUCGAGUGUGUGAGCAGCCAAGGGCUGAGCACCCCCGAAGCUGGGGACCAAGCUGGGACCUGACCGGACGAGUCGGUUAGAACUGUUGGCCAACAAUCUCAUCCAUUAUUCUGUGUCUCUCAUCAGGGCUGCGAGGUCGACCUGAGAAUCCGCCGAAGGCCUCUCUUUUUGCAAACACGUUCUGAUGGUUGAUGUUGGGGCAGUGCAGCCGUGGCUCGACAUAUGUGUUUUGCACAUUACGGAUUACGCAGGAUUUGGUGGCGCAGUCGGGGCAAUGACAGCAUUUUACGAGCGAGACCUGGAG